AUGCCGCUCCUCAACCGCAAACAGAGGCUGUCGCUAGUCUCGUUCGCCUGCAUUUAUUUCCUGCUUCUUCUCUACUGCAGCUUCAACUCCGCGCGCGAUCCCGGCUCCGCCUUUUUCCAACCCCGAGCGGGCUACCAACCGGUGCAUAGUCCCACGCGAAUCAAGGAAUCUCUGGGAUACCUUUCCUCUUACAAUGCAACCGCGGCGGACCUCGAACUAGAUCCCCACGCCACCACCACGCAGAAUGCCUCCCUCUGUGUCGGCGUCGUCACCGUCCGGCGGCCCCUCAUCCAGACCCUCGACAUGACCGUGGGAUCGGUGCUGGAGGGCCUCACCCCCGACCAGCGGUCCUCACUCGCGCUCCAUGUCCUCUUCGCAGUCACCCACCCGGCCGACCAUCCGCUCUACCAACAUCCCUGGGUGGCCAACGUCGUCAACCGCACGCUGACGUACGGCUGGCUGGACGAUGCCCCGCUGACCUCCCUCCGGCGGCUGGAGAUGUCGCGCAACUACAAGAAGAAGUCGCUGAUCGACUACCGACUGGCGCUGCAGUCCUGUUACGACUACACGGAUGCCCCGUGGAUCAUGAUGCUGGAGGACGACGUCUUGGCGCAGGGUGCCUGGUACAACCACACCAUGCGAAGCAUACAGAAUAUCGAGGCGUGGAAAGAGCAGGGCCGCAUCCAGGACUGGCUCUAUCUCCGUCUGUUCUACACGGAGAAGUUCCUGGGCUGGAACUCCGAAUUCUGGCCCGUCUACCUCGGCUGGAGCGUGGCCAUUGUGCUGGCGGCCGGUCUGACGGGCAUCUGCUGUCGACGGCGAGUGCGCCCGCUGCAGGAGGUCCUGUCGAACCGGUUCCUGGCGAUUGUGUGCCUGCUCUGCGUCCCACUCCUCAUCGGCUUGUACUUCCUCGCCGGCCGGGUGACGAUGCGCCCCAUGCAACCGGGCAUCCAUCUCAUGAACAAACACGGCUGCUGCUCGCAGGCCAUGGUGUUCCCGCGGGAAAAGAUCCCGAUCGUCGCGAAUGAGAUGAUGAUCGUCCAGGACUGGAAGAAGGUCAAGGCGGCGGACUCGGUUAUUGAGAUGGUCGGCAAUGAAUAUGGGUUCGAUCGGCUGGCUAUCUCGCCGCCGCUGAUGCAGCAUAUCGGCGCGGCUACGUAUAAGGAGGACAAAAAGAAGUGGAACAUGGAUUACUCCCUUGGCGGCGCGCACGGGGUGUGGAGUAUGGAGUUUGAAAAGGCGUACGAACAGGCCCGGUUUGGGGCCGGCAUUCCGGAUGCCCUGUGGCUGGAUUGA